GCUGGAGAGGAGGCGAGCGGGAGGAGAGGGCGACGAACUCUAGCUGGCGCACGGGGACCGCGGCUGUCACUGCGCUCCGAGCACCCCGGGGGCUUCCUGAGUGGACGAGCCGGCCUUGCGGGAACUGCGGGUGCAGCCCCAGCCCCCUGCCCCUCUCGCAGCGCUCGUGGAGCCUCACGCCCCGGGCGAGCGUUCGUGAUUUAGCACAAAGCACGUUUCCAAAAAGCAGCGCUAGGGAGAGCGCCCGGGCCGCGCUCCCGAGUACGCACCCCCUCUUCCCCUUUGUUUCGGGCGUCGACAGGCUGCUCUCCUCCCCAAGUCUGAAUUCUUCGCGAGGGGCGGAGGGCCGCCGAGGCUGGGCUGUGAAGAUGCCCCUGGAACUGACUCAGAGCCGGGUGCAGAAGAUCUGGAUCCCCGUCGACCACCGCCCCUCGCUGCCCAGAUCCUGUGGGCCGAAGCUCACCAACUCCCCGACGGUGAUCGUCAUGGUGGGCCUCCCUGCCCGGGGUAAGACCUACAUCUCCAAGAAGCUGACUCGCUACCUCAACUGGAUUGGUGUCCCCACAAAAGUGUUCAAUGUUGGGGAGUACCGCCGGGAGGCCGUGAAGCAGUACAGCUCCUACAACUUCUUUCGCCCCGACAACGAGGAGGCCAUGAGAGUGCGGAAGCAGUGCGCUCUGGCUGCCUUGAGAGACGUCAAAAGCUACCUGACGAAGGAAGGCGGCCAAAUUGCAGUUUUCGAUGCCACCAAUACUACUAGAGAGAGGAGACACAUGAUCCUUCAUUUUGCCAAAGAAAAUGAUUUCAAGGUGUUUUUCAUCGAGUCUGUGUGUGAUGACCCUACGGUUGUAGCCUCCAACAUCAUGGAAGUGAAAAUCUCCAGCCCGGAUUACCGAGACUGCAACUCAGCAGAAGCGAUGGACGACUUCAUGAAGAGAAUCAGCUGCUACGAAGCCAGCUACCAGCCCCUCGACCCCGACAAAUGUGACAGGGACCUGUCCCUGAUCAAGGUGAUCGAUGUGGGCCGGCGGUUCCUGGUGAACAGAGUGCAGGACCACAUCCAGAGCCGAAUUGUGUACUAUCUGAUGAACAUCCACGUGCAGCCUCGCACCAUCUACCUGUGUCGCCAUGGCGAGAGCGAGCACAACCUCCAGGGGAAGAUUGGAGGAGACUCAGGCCUGUCCAGCAGGGGCAGGAAGUUUGCCAACGCCCUGAGCAAGUUUGUGGAGGAGCAGAACCUGAAGGACCUUAAGGUGUGGACCAGCCAGCUGAAAAGCACCAUCCAGACGGCGGAAGCCCUUCGGCUCCCCUACGAGCAGUGGAAGGCGCUCAAUGAAAUUGAUGCUGGUGUCUGUGAGGAGAUGACCUACGAGGAGAUCAAGGACACCUACCCUGAGGAGUACGCUCUGCGCGAGCAGGACAAGUACUACUACCGCUACCCCACCGGGGAGUCCUACCAGGACCUGGUCCAGCGCCUGGAGCCCGUGAUCAUGGAGCUGGAGCGGCAGGAGAACGUGCUGGUCAUCUGCCACCAGGCCGUCCUGCGAUGCCUCCUGGCCUACUUCCUGGAUAAGAGUGCAGAGGAGAUGCCUUACCUGAAAUGCCCGCUCCACACCGUCCUGAAGCUGACACCCAUUGCUUAUGGUUGCCGUGUAGAAUCCAUCUACCUGAAUGUGGAGUCGGUGAAUACACACCGGGAGAGGUCAGAGGAUGCAAAGAAGGGACCUAACCCGCUCAUGAGACGCAAUAGUGUCACCCCACUAGCCAGCCCCGAGCCCACCAAAAAGCCUCGCAUCAACAGCUUUGAGGAGCAUGUGGCCUCCACCUCCGCUGCCCUGCCCAACUGCCUGCCCCCGGAGGUGCCCACGCAGCUGCCCGGACAAAACAUGAAGGGCUCCCAGAGCAGCGUCGACUCAUCCAGGACAUACUGAGGCAGACCCAUCGGUCCCAUUCCAUCUCCAUUUCUGCACCUAGCUAGCACCCUUCCUUCUCCCCGAGGCCAGAUGAUCCCAAGGACUGCUCCCAGAACGGGGUGGGGUGGUGUAGAAGAGGUUCUGCUGGUCGAAGAGAACCUGUACCCCCAACAGCAUCAGGGUGGCCUUGCCUGUGUGCAGAACCCGUCGCUUCUGCCUCAAGCGGCAGGCCACCCUGCCCUCUGCCCUCUGCCCUGCCUGGCCUUGCAGGGCUGUGUGGCCUCCCUGACCCUCCACGAGGCUUGGUGAGGACGAUGGGCAGCGGAAUAGGUGAGAAGGCCCUGAGGGGAGACGUUGGGUGCCUCCGUGCUGUUUUGUUUCCUUUCUGUGAUCUGGGCCUGGUAGGUCCCCAGCUGGGGAGAUGACACUGUUCUGAACGCUAGAUUAAAGGGGGCCCAGAUCCCAGCUGCUGAAGGUUAAGGGAUGUUGAAAACUUUCACGAGGCUCCGUUGUGCAUCUUGGCCACCGGGAGAGCCAGUCCCAGCGGUGGAGAGAGAAGUCUCCGAGCUAGACUUGGUCAGCUGAGCAGCGGCCCUCCAGCGUGUCCACACACCUCCCCGGGUCGUGUUCUGCCUCUAAAGAUGGUGAAGGACGGUCUGGCUGUCUAGGCGCGAGGAAGUGCUUUGCUGAAAUAGCCCCGGGCCGCACCCGCCCACGGCGCUCUGUGGUCCCUGCGCUCUCCUGCCUGGAUCCAGGGGCAUCUGAGAGCUGGCCCUCCAGGAACUGCUUGCUUUUGCACUUUGUUAAUGGCAGAAAGUGUGGCCUGAAGGCUGCACCUUCUCUUCAGGAACUUAGAUGUUUGGGUUUGUGCCCUUGGAGGUUGGAGCCCCGAAAGAAGGUGGGGAGUCGGGCACGCCCAUGAGAUGGAGAGCUCAGAGGGACCUCGGUAAACCGGCCGGGGAGCGAGCACUGGGAUCAUUGCAAGACCGACCCUGGGAGACGGUGUGGAGAAGAACAAGGAUCCGGCUUCCUUCCUUCAGGACGUUCAUCACCUCCUGUGUUUCCCAGGUGGGGACAGUGGCCCAAGCCAGGCCUCGCUCGAGGCCGCUUCCUCCAAGGGGCUGUCCGUGGUCUCCCGGGAGGAUUCAGCGCAACUCCGCGCGUUCCUGUCAAGCAUCUACUGUAUGCCCAGCGUGGUGCUGGGCUCCUUGGGGGAUUCCGAAGAAGAGAGUGUCCUUGCUUGCCUGCAUGGCACCUGUGGCGUUUUUUGGGAGGGUUCAGAGCAGGGCUUGGGGGACAUGUGGUUCUCAAUACCUGUAGUUUCUGCCUGCUGGUUUCUCCUUGUUGCCUCCAAGUCCUGGGGGAGGAGGCGGCGUCUUGAGGCCCAGAAGAAACCAUUUGGAGACGCAGCAGUAGAGCUCGUCCAAGUGACCCUUGUAAGGAUCUCUCAAAGCUGGUGCCAAAGGUCACCUUCCUUUCCUGCCCUCUGCCUUUGAGCCUGACAUUCUUGCCCCUCCUAGCUUACGAAAUCGUUCCUGGGAUGGGGCGAGGGGGGCCUCGACAUCUGGACCUGGGAGUGGAGGGAAGGGCUGUUUUUGUUUUGUUGGAGAGCAGCUGUUAGAGAAUGCACGUUUCUCCUGUUGGGAUUAAGUGGGACACGGGGACACGUGUCAGAUACCGGACAAUCAGGUUGGUGGUCUUCACACCAAACCAUUCAGAUCCCCCAACCCCCUGUGGCAGUCUGCCUGCGAGGAUGUCCAUGUCUACGCUCCUGUGCGGCCGAAGACUGGGCUCUUUUCCCUCUUUCCCUCCAUCUCGAGUCUCUUCAGACCUGUGUGUGUGAGUGUGUGCACACGGGCCUGUGUUGGUAGGUUGGUGGUAUUUUUAGACAGAGGGGCCGGCAGCUCUGCUCCUGAGAGUGGCCUUAUGUCUCACACUCUGGCCGCCUCCUCUUUCUGGCUGUCAGAGCUGACUCGGAAUCUCGACUCUCGAGGCUGAUGCAAGUGGGGCUCUGCGAAGAUGCUCCCCCCUUGCCUCUGGCUCCCUGACAUCAGUCUGUGCAUGAAGGAGGCUUUGCCUAAUGCAGGACUUUAGGUUGUAAGGGCCUAGAUGGGGAGAUAGAACAGAAAUAUGGCCGAGGAAGGGAGACCCUGGAGAGAGCAGAAGGCUGCUUGAUUGAAACCCAGCGAGCUGACUCUGGAGGCGCACCGGACGGAGGGUGUGUUGGAGCUGUAAUCCCGGAUCCUCUGCUGCCCCGACUAUUGGCUCUCACCCCCCGAUGCCCGGAAAAUAUCUGGGACCAAUUUUUUUAACUCUGCCUAUUUGUGUUUGGGUGGGCUCACCCUCUCCUUAUUCUGUCCUGAGACGGGGGGCGAAGCUCUUCAUUGGGGGAGGAGAAGAAAAACUGUUCGAACCACACCAAUGACGUUUUUGUUUGUAAUACUUGAAAUUUAUUUUUUUAUUAUUUUGAUAGCAGAUGUGCUAUUUAUUUAUUUAAUAUGUAUAAGGGAGCCUGAAAAUAGAAAGCUGUAUAGAUGAGGUUUAGUUGUUCAUUGGUUUGGGGGCCUUUUCUGUGUGACACAUGACUUCUCUGUGUUCUGUACAUUUGUCUGAAUUAAUUACGCGGGAUGAAGCUGUGCCAGCUUUCAAACAGGGGAUGCCUUUCAGAAAUUUGUAUAUUUUGCAGUUGCCAGACCAAUAAAAUAUCUGAUUGAAAUACACCGA